CGCAAGUCUUUUCGGUGAGAGAAGAAAUGCAUUCCAGUCAUUGUGGUUGCAACUCUGUCAACGUUCGGACGCACUUUCUCUGAAAUGCAGUUCUCGGUGUCUAUUCUCUGGGUAUUCGGAGCAUUAACUGCUUCCACGUCUGCGCUGCAGCUCAACUGCAGUUCAAGCCGAACAAAUGUCUGCGAGGUGAACAACAUAAUGAUCACCGAAUAUACCGAUGUCUCGGAAUGGGUAUUCCCGGAUCAUAAUGACAUCGCUUUCGGUAGCUAUCCAUUCCCGGAUGAUAAAACCAUCAUAACAAGUGUCACCAAGGAGUUGGCAGAGAAGCUGACAAACGCACAAACUGUGCAAAUGCAGAAUGUGUCUCUCAUGUCAUUUAGUCUUUGGGAACACCUGAUAAGUUUGGAUGCUUCGAAUAACUACCUGUCGGAGUUGAUUGUCGAUCCUGAUUCGAUGUAUAACCUGAAAACUCUAAUUCUCAAGAACAAUCGGUUUCAAACGAUUGAUUUCUUGAAAGGGCUCAGCAAACUACGCGAUCUAGAUCUGAGCAACAACUUUCUCGAGCAAAUUGAUAUGUCCCUCUUGGAUCCUGCGAAAGAUCUUGUCGAGUUGAAGCUUUCGCACAACCGAAUUCGUACGCUCACCACCACCUUGGGCGACAUACUUCAUCUACCCCGCCUGGUAACGCUCAUGCUUGACUACAACCAGCUCACAAUUCUGGACGCCAGCCGAUGGCAGUUCAACGUCCUGCAGGAACUGUUCCUCUCGAGCAAUCGUCUGUCCUACAUCAGCAUGUGCGAGGUGCAGAAUUCUUUCCCCCGGCUACAAACACUCUACCUGGAUGGCAAUCACUGGGAGUGUUCGCAUCUCAACAGCACCGUCAUUCAGCUGCAUCAGAGCGCCGUCAAGUUAGUGAACCUCAACGUGCAUAACUGCAAGGAAGCUGUGGAAGGCAUUUGCUGUACCUAAUCCCGUGUACCGUCUCCCGCAGGCCACUUUAAGCGUCGAACAGGUAUGAAAAUAUAAGCCUCAUAAUAUUCUCGAGUGUAACACAUAAAUGCAUUAAAAUAAAUCUACACAAAUUGAUUUAUAACACGAAGUAAUGAAUGUAAUUAUUUCUGAACAGUAAUCGUUUAAAUAAUCAAGUGAGCGUAAUUCUUUCAUUUGAAUUGGCCGUAGGUCUUAUGUGUUUCCGAAAAAAGCUGAAAAUUAUGCAUCCUUUCAAAAAUUAUUUAAAUGUGAUCACAAAUCACCAAACAUAGAUUUUCUUUCUACAUUGUAAUGAUCACAACCACCCAUAUCUUUACCUUAACUUUUGAAAUAGCGAUAUUGAGUGCAAUCAAUGACAAAAAAAAGCCUCUUACUGACACAUUACUACAGAAGAAAAAAAUGAGCAAGCUGCAAUAUCGAAAACAUUUUGUGAUUGGUGAAAUUGUACAACUUCGUGAUAAAUGAACACACGUAGAGGAUAGAUAAAUCAUAUUAAAGCUACAAUUUUCUCGUUUCAGAAUAUCUCGGUUACUUUUUUUCUCUUAUGUGUCUGUGUAAUGCACAAAAAUAUGAAGGAAGUAGACUGAAACAAAAUUUUUGUAACCAAAUAAAUAUGC